CCGUACACCUGUCCCAAUAAUACUUUGAUCACUAACGCAUGCCAAUAAUCUCAUUCAAUUAUCAACAAAACAAUUACUAGGGUUUUCUUUUUUGUCUGUUGGAAAAUUAGAGUAAUAAAAUAUCGCCAGCUGGAGCAGUGUGAGUUGGCGGGUGAUGAAGAAUUGGAUGAAGGAGUGAAUCGCGGAAGCGGAAGAAGAAGAAGAAGAAGAAGAAGAAGAAGAAGAAGAAAGAAGAAGAAGAAGAAGAAGUUGAAGAAACGCGGUAGAGUUGAAGCUGAGAUGACGAUAACCAUGCAGUCGACGCCUGGGAGCUCUGGAUAUUUGGAUUUGUAUCCAGAGCGGAAAAUGUCCUUCUUCAAAAAUCCUUACAUUCUCGGCCUCGCUGCCGUCGCCGGCAUCGGUGGCCUUCUCUUCGGCUACGACACUGGUGUUAUAUCGGGAGCACUUUUGUACAUUAAAGAUGAUUUUCAUGAAGUUAGAGACAGUUAUUUUCUCCAGGAAACAAUUGUUAGCAUGGCGAUUGCUGGAGCAAUUGUUGGAGCAGCAGCGGGUGGUUGGGUUAAUGAUGCUUAUGGACGGAAGAAGGCCACCCUCUUUGCUGAUGUUAUUUUUGCCUUAGGAGCAAUUCUCAUGGCUGCUGCCCCAGAUCCUUACGUUCUCAUAAUGGGACGUCUUCUUGUUGGUUUGGGUGUUGGUACAGCUUCUGUCACUGCUCCGGUAUAUAUUGCAGAGGCAUCACCGUCCGAAAUAAGGGGAUCGUUAGUAAGCACAAAUGUGCUCAUGAUUACCGGUGGACAAUUUCUUUCCUAUCUAGUAAACCUUGCUUUUACAGGGGUUCCUGGGACAUGGCGAUGGAUGCUUGGUGUGUCAGGUGUGCCAGCUGUUAUUCAGUUUGUUCUCAUGCUCUUCCUUCCUGAAUCCCCAAGAUGGCUAUUUAUUAAGAAUAGAAAAAAUGAAGCCGUUGACGUGCUUUCUAAGAUCUAUGAUGUUGCUCGGUUAGAAGACGAAGUCGAUUUCCUAACUGCUCAGUCAGAGCAAGAGCGUCAAAGGAGGAGCAAUAUCAAAUUCUGGGAUGUUUUUAAAUCAAAAGAAAUCAGAGCAGCAUUCCUUGUUGGUGGCGGACUUCUGGCUUUUCAGCAGUUCACAGGUAUAAACACAGUCAUGUAUUACAGCCCUACAAUUGUCCAAAUGGCUGGGUUCCAGGCCAAUCAACUGGCUCUUCUCCUAUCCCUGAUAGUUGCAGGCAUGAACGCCGCCGGAACUGUUCUUGGCAUUUACCUUAUCGACUAUGCAGGGCGAAAAAAAUUAGCUCUUUGUAGCCUGGCAGGAGUGGCUGUAUCAUUGCUAGUCUUGGCCUUUGCAUUUUAUAAGCAAUCAACAUCUUCGAAUGGGUUGUAUGGAUGGCUUGCAGUUGUAGGCUUAGCCUUGUAUAUCGGCUUUUUCUCGCCAGGAAUGGGGCCUGUGCCGUGGACUCUGAGUUCAGAGAUAUAUCCGGAAGAAUAUCGAGGCAUCUGUGGUGGCAUGUCAGCUACUGUGUGUUGGGUUUCAAAUUUGAUUGUCUCAGAGACAUUUCUUUCAAUUGCGGACGGUAUAGGGAUUGGCCCUACCUUCCUGAUCAUAUGUGGAAUAACUGUGGCUGCUUUUGUAUUUGUGGUUUUGUAUGUUCCCGAGACCAAAGGAUUGACAUUUGAUGAAGUGGAAGUAAUAUGGAGGGAGAGAGCUUGGGGAAAGAACCCCAACACACACAGCCUUCUUGAGCAGGGAAGUCAAUCCUAAGGUGUGCUUAUGAGACAGCUUCUUGGUCUAAAUACAUGAUGUAUCAUGAAGCAUUUUGAGUACAGUUCAUAUAAACAAAUUAUGUCUUUUCAUAUUAUGUUAUAUUAUUUAUGUGUGUAUUCAUGUGUC